AUGCUUUUGAUAAAAGAUAUGUUAUUCCGCGCAAUGUCGGAAGCUAAUGAUAUACACCAGCCUCAUCUAACUGAAACUCAAGCUACACAAUCACCCACCACAAGCCAGCAAUCGCCCGAAUCCCAGGAGCAAGAUGAUUCUAGCCCGGUCGCACCAAGUGCACCGCCUAUUCAACAAGAGCCACCAGCACAAUUGCAGACAUUAAAAGAAGCAUUUCCAAGUGUUGAGGUUGAUGUAAUUGAAGCUAUUCUAGAGAGCCAAGGAGGUCAACUCGAAGCAGCCUUCGAAGCUUUGCUUGCUAUAUCAGACCCGAACUACAGACCCGAACCUACAAACAAUAUUCCACCGCAACCAGCACCAGCACCACACCCAGCACCACACCCACCUGUUCAGCAGACACAACCAUCGGAAUACUAUCAGCCUCAAAGAGAAAUACCUGCUCAGCAUGAAAACCUACAGUCUAAUAAUAAUACUAAUGAGAGAAUACCACCACCAAAGCCUCCUCGCCCACAGCAACAACGACCAAACAAUUUUACUCAACAGAGCUCAGGACUACAAAACCAACCCUAUGGUUAUUGGGCUGGGACACAGGACCCAUCAAUUCAGACCAGAAGCCAGAUAUCCGUUGAAGAACAGUUGCGGAUGGACGAAGAGUUUGCUAGACAACUUGCAAUGGAAGAUGCAAACGAGUCUGAUUAUCAAUACCAGCGCAAGCCAACACCAGAGACAAGGAUACCAAAGACAGCGACAGCAGAGAAGGAAUUUCCUGUGAUUAAGGAAAAGGUUAUUGAGGUUGGCAACGCUGCCAAAAAAAAGGUUAUAGAUCUCUUCAAUCAAUUCAAAGCUAGUCGAAACAACAUGUCCUCUUCCGGAUCUUCGAUACCGACUACAAAUGUACACUACAGAGGUCUACCGAGUGAUGAUGGAGAUGAUCUGCUUGCAGGAGACAUGUCUGCAUUACAUCUGUCUGACAAUGAUGUAUACGCCCAAACACGUGGUGUAGUAAGACCUAGGACAACGCCUGAGAAUCAAACAUACAUAGAAGAAGACCAAGAAGAUCAAGAGGAUCAAGGUGAACUGCGGAGCAAUAUUAUACAUGUCAAUCGUCCUUUUGUCCCACCCGUCAAGACGCAAAAAUACAAUGACGCUUGGUCUACAGAAGAGCAGCUCCGUUCGGAUGAAGCCUUGGCAAGGAGGCUAGCCAAUGAAGACAUGAUAGAGAGGGGAUCCCUUGGUACAAAUACUUCUGUUACUGGUAUCAGGGCACCUAGCCCUUCUCAAAGUACUACCCCUACAAAGGCUUCAGAAGAUCCUGUAUCAAAUCCAGAAAAAGAAAUUCCCGAGAGUAGCCCGAUAAAAGAACAGGACAACAAAUCAGAGAAUAAAGCCAAGGAAGAAGAAGAUGUUCCGUACGUUAUUGGAGACGAUGAUUCUGAUGAUGAUCUUGUUGAUGAAGAUGAAGAUACUGCUGUGAAAGAGCAUCCUCGCAACAAAUAUGAGCAAAAGCCCCAUAAACAUUUCUUGUUCAGUAUUUCUAUAAUGAAUACACACCCAGAAAAUAUAGUUGCAGUACCCUCUAUUCAUCAAGAUAAUCGAGUACAAAUCUCGGAACAGGCCUGUGCUCACCUUCUAGACAAUGCUCAGCAAUGCCUAUCCUCCCCAGGCCAUCCAAUGACAACCCUUUCUCCAAACCAGCCAUUCACAUUCUCACCAGCUCAUCACGAAAUCCCGCUCCAUUUCAACAUUGGUUCUCAUCUCACCACACCAGAAGAAGGCCAGUCUUUAAUUAAUCACCCCCUUCUUCCAGCACGCGAACAACCUUCGGGUCCGUGUACGCCACAACCAUCCUCCUCCUCUGGGGCUCCUGAUAUUUUACAUCAGGAACAAAUCCUAUGUCAACAGCAGUCACAGUCCCCACACAAUGACCUCAAGCAAGAGCAAUUACAACACGCCUCAAGAUCACCUAGUCAGCAAACACCUCAGCAUUCCGGCAAUAUGCUAGAGCACCAUUACGGCCAACAGCUGUCUCUUGCUCUGGCAACAGCCACACAACAAAACCAAACUGUCCAACUACAACACAUGUAUGCUGGUUCUCAGACGCUCGACACACACAGUCCAAUGCCUGCCUUAUCUCAAGACCUCAUCAAUCAACAUUCCCAAGCAGAAAUUGAACACAUGGCCAUGCUCGUCAAACAAAACUCAACGCCUCUAACUCAGGGAGCACACCUUCCAGUUACGCAGUCUGUGGAGUCACCACAUCAACCUGCACUUGUUCCAAUUCACACACCACCUGUCGCAAUGCAUUCUCACCCGAAUCCCGGUAGAGAACCUCAGGAGUUGAAUGUAUGA